CAAAUGGAACCUGAUAAAAGGGGAGAGAGCUUCAGAAGCGCGGCAGUGAAAGGCAGGACCACACGGAACCGGUGCGCCACAGUAUCCGCCUUCGGGAACGCCGCUGGAACAUCGGCGUACUGGUGAGGCUGCCCAGAGCCGGAGAGGCAAAGAGGGAAGAUCUGUGUUUUCAGAGAGGAGGAUCAGAGACGGAGAGAAAAACAGAGUUUGGCUGAACAUCCCUCAGGAUGAAGAAAAGCAGGAGUGCACAGGGGGUUACACCAGGCGAUGAGAGUAAGGAGCCCCCCGGGGGACCAGUCUCCACCAGCGGCACCCUCAGUGUAGAGGUGUGCAAAGUCCAUAGACGAUUUUCUGGCAACUUGCAGCUGCCUCCGUUGUCAUGGCGACAGGCGGAGAAGGAGAGAGACAGGGGAAGGCCGCUGACACCUGAAGAGGAUCCAGUGACACGAACUAGACCCACAAGCCUGCCCAUCGCCUCCCUGCCACGCAUUGACAUCACACAGGCCGACCCUGACAGCUUUGAGGUGGAGAAUGGUCCGUCUUUGUGCUGCAGUCCUUCAGAUCCACAGGCAUCCCCAGGCUCAGGUCUGGUUCUACAUCCCAACUAUGCAGCUCAUGGCCAGCGCAGAGAGUCCUUCCUGUACCGCUCUGACAGCGACUAUGAGCUGUCACCCAAGUCCUUGUCGAGAAACUCUUCUAUAGUUGGAGAGCUCCAUGGAGAGGACCUCAUUGUGACGCCGUUUGCCCAGGUUCUUGCCAGCCUUAGGACUGUGAGGAACAACUUCACUACCUUGACAAAUGUUCAGUGUGUAUCCAAUAAGAGGUCUCCUGCUGCGAAUCAGCCCACUGUCACUAAAGUCUGUCUGUCAGAUGAAUCUUACCAGAAGUUGGCUAUGGAGACCAUGGAGGAGCUGGACUGGUGUCUGGACCAGCUGGAGACCAUACAGACCUACCGCUCUGUCAGUGACAUGGCCUCCAACAAGUUCAAGAGGAUGCUGAACCGGGAGCUAAGCCACCUGUCUGAGAUGAGUCGAUCAGGGAAUCAAGUGUCAGAGUACAUCUCCAACACUUUUCUAGACAAACAGAAUGAACUGGAGCUUCCAUGUCCAGUUCCCAAGUCGAGGGAAAGGAAGAGGAGGCAGGGCCAGCAGCAGCAGCAACAACAGCAGCAGCAACAGGGAGGGAUGAUGACUCAGAUCAGCGGGGUGAGGAAGGUCAGCCACACACCCAACAUCUCUGCGAGCACAGGCAAUCGCUUUGGAGUGAAGACGGACCAGGAGGAGCAGCUGUCAAAGGAUCUGGAAGACAUCAAUAAAUGGGGCUUGAAUAUCUUCAAGGUGGCAGAGCACUCCCACAACCGACCGCUCACAUGCAUCAUGUACACCAUCUUUCAGGAGCGAGACCUGAUGAGAACGUUCAAGAUUCCAACAGACACCUUUGUGACGUUCAUGCUGACCCUGGAGGGCCACUACCACUCGGACGUGGCCUACCACAACAGCCUGCAUGCCGCCGACGUAGCCCAGUCCACACAUAUCCUCCUGUCCACUCCCGCACUCGAUGCGGUCUUCACUGAUCUGGAGAUCUUGGCAGCUAUUUUUGCUGCAGCCAUUCAUGAUGUGGACCACCCAGGAGUGUCCAACCAGUUCCUCAUCAACACCAACUCCGAGCUGGCUCUGAUGUACAACGAUGAGUCAGUGCUGGAGAACCACCACCUGGCUGUGGGCUUCAAACUGCUGCAGGAAGACAACUGCGACAUCUUCCAAAACCUCAAUAAGAAACAAAGGCAGACUCUCAGGAGGAUGGUCAUAGACAUGGUUUUGGCGACCGACAUGUCGAAACAUAUGAGUUUGCUGGCUGAUCUGAAGACGAUGGUAGAAACCAAAAAGGUGACCAGCUCUGGAGUUCUGCUGCUGGACAACUACACUGACAGAAUGCAGGUUCUGCGUAACAUGGUUCACUGUGCAGACCUGAGCAACCCAACCAAACCUCUGGAUCUGUACCGUCAGUGGACAGACAGGAUCAUGGAUGAGUUCUUCCAUCAGGGAGACCGAGAGAGGGAGAGGGGGAUGGAGAUCAGCCCCAUGUGUGACAAACACACAGCAUCAGUAGAGAGAACACAGGUGGGUUUCAUCGAUUACAUCGUCCACCCGCUGUGGGAAACAUGGGCCGAUCUGGUCCACCCCGACGCACAGGACAUCCUUGACACAUUGGAGGACAACAGGAACUGGUACCAGAGCAUGAUCCCCCAGAGCCCCUCCCCUCCUUUCUACACUAGCGAUGGAGAAGGAGGCCCGCAUGGGGAGUUGGAGGGUGGACCUGUGGCUAGUAAAUUUCAGUUCGAUCUGACGCUGGACGACCAGAGUGGACAGGGUGAAGACGGGGAGAGCGUGAUGAUGGAGACAGCCGAUGGCAUCACACUCCAAGAGCGGCCCUCAGACCAGGACAGGGUGGAAAUGGCGACACGAGACGUCUCCCCCGCGGAAACAUAGCUGAACUGUUGUGAAGAGUGCAGCAGAUUUUUCAUUUUAUUGCAGUGGAGCAAUCCUGCAAUCUGGCUCUUUGGAGCUGUCUGGCAAAGAGGGCCUGACUGAAUGUGGGCGCCCUUGCAAAUAAGGCUGGGAGGCCCUUUGGCAGAUUGUUUUGAGCUGCCUCGAAGGGAGCUAGAUGAGUGUAGCCUCUAUUCUUUAAGAAGGGACUACUGUCAAAGUGCAGAGGCAGGGCUGUAUCCUGCCUCUCACAGAUAAAGAAGGUGAAAAGGACAAUAUAAAUCCAUGAACUGGGACAAGUAAAUAUUCCAAACUUGCACUUCAGGACAUUUUUUAUGUUCAUUUUGAUCCUAUGUAUUGUGUUGGGAUUGGAUGCCACCUGAUAAAAGCGUCCAACCAAAACUACUGGUCGGCAAAUUAUUUGCAACCAAGUAGUUCUUUUCUAACACUUGUCUAAAAGAAAGUCGUGUGCCUUUUUUGUAAGUGUUUUUAUAAUUUAUUGAACACGUUCAUGUAGCUGUAAAAUGUGCAACAUUUUCUACAAAACGGACAUAGUUGUCUCACACAGUCUUCCUAAUGUUAUGGCAAUAGUAUAAGCUUGCUCUCACAAAAGCGUCCAGUGGAUGUAUUUCUUAAAUCGUUUGACUUCCCAGCACAGUUUGCACUUUGUGGCAUUGGAUGAAGAGAGUGUAUAAAAGCAAAUCUAUAGACAUUAGUACACAUGCAUAACCAAAAUAAUGAUUUUAUUUGACUGUUUUUUCCCCCUACAAAUUCAUUUCAUAACCAAGUAAAUGAGUUAAGGUCAAAUUUAAUGAUCAGAUCCCAUAAAUAUCCAAAGAUAAUUCAAAUGAAGCACUUUGAAGAAUUCACUGCCGCCUCAAAACAUUUUGAUAGACAAUGAAACUUCAAACAACAAGUCAGAUUGAUCGCUCACACGCUCAUGUAGCUGCAUUAAGAGCGCACACAAAUUCAAUCCAAAAACCUUGUAUAGUACUGAGUUUUUCCAGUACGGAAAAUCUGUUUCCACCUUGUAAUUCCCCCUUUCAUUAGUUCACACACACACCUGUUGUGGUUUUAAAAGCAUUCCUUUCUAGUGAAUUUGCUUCACGCCAUGACUCAUGUUGAACUCUGAAUGACUGUAGACUGCGUGCACAUUUUAAAAAGACACCUGUUAGUGAUAUACAGUAAUAAUUGUAUCCUGUAGUUUUUAUUCUAGCACUUUGAACAUGUCGACAGGUCUGCAGCUGGUUGCCGAUCUGUCCAACACUACCUUAAAGGUACCACAAUGUAGGGUGCAACUUUCAGAGGAGGGAGAGGUCGGUGUCAUGUCUCAACCUGAUACUCCUUCUCUUCUGGGUGUGUGUUUGUGAGUGUGAAUGUGAGCGUGUGUGUGUGUAUAAGUGGUCACAGAGUUGCACAAUCUUGUUGCACCUAGCUGUGUUGUGCUGACCCUUCAGCUGUUUGUAAAAGUGUAUUUAUUAUCUUUACCUUGUACAUGAUAAUAUUGAUAUUGAUUAAUGAUAUUCACUGUAUAUUUGUUAUUAUUUAUAUGCACUACCCCAUGUCAAAACACAUUGUGACUGAACUUGUCUGGUUGUUCAGAUUUAUUGUAUUCAGCAGGCUAUUUUGCUAUUAAGACCAUAACAUGAAGUUCAAUUCUAAGAAGUUGAAAUGUUUGUUAGGUUUGAAGCUCCAGCCAGAAUUCUUUUGUACAGUCUUAACCCUCAACAUCUGAUUGAGGAGCAGAAGUAUUCUGCCUUUUUUUUUUUAAAAAAAAGAAAGAAAGAAAAAAAAAAAAACAACUUCCUGACAGAUGAUGAAGGCUGGAUAUUUCCUGCAGUAUAUUGUGUACGGUGACGGGUCAUUGUACAGCCAUAGGAAUAUUUGCUGAAAUAUAUAACAUUGUUUCAAAUGUAUUUUUUCAGUGUUUUCCUCACAAUAUAUGGUAAAAUUGUGUAUGUUGUGUUCAAAAAAUGUUUUCUAUCAGAUUAUUAAAAUGGGCAUGUAUUACAGAA